AUUAAGUAAAUUUAAUGCAUCCAUCGAGUUCUGGCCAGGUUUUUAUUGCUCCCCUAUAUUAUGAGCUGUUCAUUGGAGUGAAACGUGCACUCUAUAAAUAUGGUUCCCCAACAUACAAUCUCCCACCAUUAUUGAGGAGUAGUACACGACUGACAUCAAAUUCACAACUAUGGCUUCUAAUUACUAUUUUUUUCACACUCUCACCACUCUACUCUUUACUCCAUUAGUUCUUGGCACACUCUGUGUCAUUUUCCCCUUCUUUUGCAUCUUUAGGAUCGUGCUUUUUCUGUAUCGGCUUGUGGUAAGUGAGAACAUGAAAGGCAAAGUUGUUCUCAUCACUGGCGCUUCAUCAGGAAUUGGGGAGGAAUUGGCUUAUGAGUAUGCAAGAAGAGGUUCUUCAAUAGUAAUAGUGGCGAGAAGGGAGGAGCAGCUUCGAAAAGUAGCGGAGAAGGCAAGGAGCUUAGGGUCUCCGGAUGUGCUUUCUAUAAGAGCUGAUGUAUCCAACGUUGACGACUGCAAGCGACUUGUAGAUCAAACUGUCAAUCAUUUCGGUCGUUUGGAUCAUCUCGUCAACAAUGCUGGAAUAUCCUCUGUGUGCUCUAUCAAUGAUGUGACGGACAUUACGAAGUAUACAUCUGUUAUGGAUAUCAACUUCUGGGGAUCUGUUUAUCCAACUUACUUUGCAAUUCCUCAUCUGAAGAAGACAAGAGGCAAGGUGUUUGUCAAUUCUUCAUCCGUGGCAAUUUUGCACCCACCAUCUUUAAGCUUCUAUACUGCGAGUAAAGCUGCUUUAAUAGGCUUUUACGAGACUAUGAGACUUGAAUUGGCUCCGGAAAUCUCAAUUACCAUUGCAACGUUAGGAUUUACUGAUUCAGAAAUAAUACGAGGAAAGCACCUAAAAGAUGGGGUCUUGCAAGUUGAAUCAGAAUUAGCUAAUAAUGUUGUUGUUCUCCCAGUUAUCAGUUCUAGUGACUGUGCAAAAUCAAUUGUAAGUGCAAUAUGCCGGAAAAAGAGAUAUAUUACGGAGCCAAAAUAUUUUUGGGUGCUGUUUUUCGCGAAAACUGCGUGCCCUCAAGCGUUUGAAUGGUAUUAUCGUACAUUUAUGUUGAAGUUGUGUACCGGUGGUUUACAAUCACAAGGCAAGAAAGCAUAAAGAAGUGAAAAAAGAAUAGAGUGGAUAUGUAGCUGAUGUUCUUGCUCUUAUUAUUAUGUUAAGUAGCUGGGUUAGCUUGCGACUAUAUUUAUGUUACUGUAAACUUUUCUACGAAGAUUUUACUCUUUUUAUCAUGAUCUAGAGUGAACCCUUACUAAUGUCGAGAAAUAGUUCUAAGAACCUCUGCACAUGAUUAUGUAAAAUUAUGGGGGGUAAUGGAAUUUUUCUUGAGCUGUC